GUGUCGAUCAUCAUCUUCACUCGCAAAAUAUACAGUCAGUCGAUCGCUGUGCCCACGACCUUCUAGACAUCUUUUGCAUAGACCAUACGACAUGUCCAGAGCGUCCAAAAUCUUCUUUGCCGGAUCGUGCGCCCUGACGGCGGGGACCAUCUGGGCCGUGCAUCACAUCCAAGUGACAGAACAGGCGAACAUGUACCAAGGGGUGAUCAAAGACGAAGCACGUGUCAAGGCCAAACAGACCCAACUAGCCACGCAGAACGCCUCGUCCGGUCAAUCACCGUCCAUACCCUCGAGAGCCACGGCGGAGAGACAGCUGGAGUAUGAGAGGAAUCUGAAGUUGCAGGAGAGUCUGAAGAGGGAACAGCAUGUUGGGACGACUUGGGAGGAUACGAGGACGACGAAGCAGGAUGCGAGGAUGGUUUAGGGAUCUAGGGACGGGUUCCUUUUGCGAAGGGAACUUUCAUCUGUUCUGCAUCUUUUACGAGCGAAGUCAGAAUCUCACCUAACGAACUGUAUACUGUACGACCCGUACUUACGACCUAGAUCCAAGAAAAGGAGCCCUCACACAGCAUUGUAGCAAUCUUCAUGACACCCCUCAAACCCGAGAGAUAAUCAACGGCAACAUAU